AUGACCACCGCUGUAUCCCCUUCUAUCACUAUGGCUCAAAGCCUGGAGCGCAUCGCCUCCACCCACUCCUCUCGUACCGCCGCUUCAUCAGACUUUGCCGGAUCGACCAACGCCCAAUCUACAGAAUCGGCCAUGACGGACCUGUUGACGCCGGUCUACCACCCGGGUGUCGACGAUAAUGGUCCAGAGGAGGAACUCACAGACCACGAGAUGGAGGAUAUGUAUGCUGAGGCGGACGCGGCGAGGCGCAAGAUGAGCAAGAUGGGGACGCAGAGUAUGGGGAACCUGAAGAAGGGCAAGGGAAGGGAGAGGUCAAACACGGAUACCAGACCACCACCUUUCGUCCUGGCGUCGCCAACACCUGUCUCCUCCUCACAGACCAUCACCCAGAAGUCUGCGCCACCGGCUAAAGCCAAAUCCGGCGGAUCCUUCUCUGCCUUUCUUCGGCGCCUGACGGGCAAGGGCCCAAAGAACAAGGACAAGAACGUUCCGGCGCUUCAAUCCUCCUCCACGAAACCCUCUUCCGCCCCCACUCGUCCCCCUGUCGCCCGCCAAGAGACCGCACCGGGUCCAUCGUCGUACACUGCUCCGACUCGACUCGCGGCCGUGCGCCAAAACUCCAUGCCCACCCGUCCCACCGUAGACACGCGCGAACCCAUACGCGGUCCGCAACCCCUCUCCGCGCCUUCCCGCUCCUCCCCUCUCCCCUCUCUCGUCCCCGAGGAGGUCGACCCCGUCAACAUCCCUCUUCCCCCUUCGCCUGACCUCUCCGAAGGCGACCUCAUCGACUUUACCUCACCUCCCCUCACUUUCGAUCGGGAUGCCCGACGGGCUCGCCAAGCCCCUAUGCACUCCUUGGAAGGCUUCGAGAUCGACGAAUUAACGGAUGAGAAGGCGGAUGAGGUCCGCCCUCUCCAGCCUCUGAGCAUAUCUACCGCUCGGCAGCGAGACGCGUCUCCCGGCCGGUCGCUUGAUACCGGCAGCAGUGUCGAGUCGACCAUCCAAACCCCUACCUCGGCGGCCUCGCUCUCGGGUUACUCUCCUGGCGGGAGGAGCAGCAGUGAGGGUGAGAGCAGUCCCGAGAAGAAUGGGAUGAGACUGGCGGGGAGCAGCCCGCCGAGGAAGGCGCCGAUUGGGACCGGAGCAGGACUGGAGCGCAAGGAGAGCAAGUGGCGUAAGAGCGUUAUGGGCAUAUCAGAUACUGUCAGUCGUAAAAACACCACUCGGCCCCCUCCCACAUCCCACGACUCUUAUUUGGCGCAACAACGCCGUAUCGCCAGCAACCGAAUAUCAUGCCAGCCCACUCUCCACAGUAAUGCCAGUAUCGCCGCUGGCUUGACGCAAAUCAAGAGCAAGGAGGAGGCGGAUGUAGCAGAGACGUUCUUCUUGUCAUAG